AUGGUUGAUAGAGUUACAGUUAGAGUAUAUUAUUUUGGUCAGAUUCUAUUACAAACACCUGAAGGAGUGAGAUUUAGUUGUGAGAAGCCGUUAGAUAUUGUUAUUCCAUUCACAAUCUCAUUUGAGGAGCUAAAAGGUGUGAUUUGUGAGAAGAUAGGUUUUCAUAUAUCCACAAAAAUAUCAUGUAUGGUAUAUAGAUAUCCCAUACCGGUAUUUGGUGGUUUCGUGCAGUAUCAAACCAAGUAUGUAACCGACGAAGCGAGUAUGCAGGAGAUGUUUUCAAUGUAUUUUGAAAGUCGCGGUCAGAUAUCGGUGAUAGAGUUGUACGUCGAAUUCAAACAAUCUGAAGUGGACCGAAAUAUUGAAGAGGAAGAAUAUGAUAGUGACAGUGAGGAAGAGUUUGAAAGCAAUUACGAAGCUGUUGCUCCAGAAGGAGAAGAAGAUCAAGGUGACGGGGUGGUGGCUCCAAAUGUGGGAGACGUUGCACAUGCACUUGCAAACGAAGAUCCCUUUGAGGAGCCGUCCUUCAUGCGGGUUCUGGACUUGGAAGCCAUGCAUGCGCCGGAGUUUCCGGAAUAUAUGAGUGCCGGAUUUGAAAAGUGGGAUGACAACAUGAUAGAUAUGAAUAAUAUUUAUAUUGAUGGGGAUAUAGGGAGCAUUGACGUAGUCUUUAAGUUAUUAAAUGUAUUUGCCUUAAAUUAUUUUGAUUUGGCUGUCGUUGUGGUAGAAAUUCCUAUGGUCGCAGAUGGUGAAUUUGCAAUCGAAAUGGAAUUCAGUUCUAGGGAAGCUGUUAUGAUGGCGGUGAAAGAUUAUACCAUCCGAAGAGGCAUAGACUACCGUGUGUAUGAGUCGGAGCCGUUGACCUUCUAUGCGAAGUGUACACAGUAUGGAUCAGGGUGUGAUUGGCUUAUCAGGGUUAGCAUGAUCAGCAGAAAGUAUUGUUGGGUUAUAAGGAGGUACAACGGUUCUCACACUUGUACUAGAGCCACUAUUUCUCAGGAUCAUUCGAAGCUGGAUUCGAACACAAUUGCGGAAGCAAUAAAGCCGUUGGUUGAGGCUGACCCGUCGAUAAAGGUGAAAUCAGUUAUUGCGGAAGUGCAGUCGAAGUUCAAUUACACCGUCAGCUAUCGGAAGGCAUGGUUGGCGAAACAAAAAGCAGUGGAAAAAAUAUUUGGCGGUUGGGAAGCAUCAUAUGAAGCUUUGCCUAUAUGGUUUCAGGCCAUGUGUAAGAAGGAGCCAUCAGCAAUCGUCCAUUUCGAGACUAUGUCUGCAUAUCAAGGUGAUGAGGAAGUAACUGAUAUCCGGGUAUUGCAUAGAGUCUUCUGGAGUUAUUACCCCUGCAUUAGAGCGUUCAGACACUGCAAGCCAGUUGUCCAGGUUGAUGGGACUCACUUGUACGGAAAGUAUAAGGGUUGUUUGUUGGUCGCCGUUUCGCAGGAUGGUAACAAUAAUAUCGUCCCUAUUGCGUUUGCAAUUGUGGAGGGGGAGACUUCUGAUGCAUGGCACUUUUUCCUUAGUAACCUGCGACAACAUGUUGUGACUCGGGAUGCUAUUGCCCGGAGCAACGGAGCUUGGUCGCCCCCGAGAGCAUUCCACAUGUUUUGCAUCAGGCAUAUAGAGUCGAACUUCUUGAGAAAGUUCAAGGCACCGUACCUGCAAAAACUUGUGGUCAAUAUAGGUUAUUCGAGGACGGUGCGCGAGUACGAACAGCGCUACCAGCGUUUACGUGAACGGGGCGAGGCAUAUACGAACUGGCUUAACCGAAUCCCACGCGAACAGUACGCGUUGGCGUAUGACGGUGGCUACCGCUGGGGUCACAUGACGACAAACCUAGUGGAAUGCAUCAACUCAGUGUUGAAGGGGGCACGCAAUCUUCCUAUAACUGCACUUGUGAAAGCCACAUUCUACAGGCUUAACGAGUUGUUCACUAGAAAAAGAGCCGAGGCGGAGUCGCGGAUAACAGCUGGACAUGUUUUUUCUGAGGUUGUCACGUCGAAAUUGAAUGCCAAUCAACUUGCAAGUUCUAACAUCCAGGUUAAUUGCUUCGAUAGGAUGAAUGAGGUCUUCGAGGUUCGUGAGAUGCCAGCUGGAACUGAGUAUGCCGUCGAUCUCCGUCAACAACGAUGUGACUGUGGUGAGUUUCAGGUGGAUCGGAUUCCCUGUCGACAUGUUUUUGCAUGUUGUGCGAAUCAGCGACUGGAUUGGCGAGUGUAUGUCCACGAAGUUUACAAGAUGGACUAA